AUGGAGCCCAUGAACCCCGAGCCAAAUCAAGAACCACCAUCGCUGUCCAAAUCCCUCCACACCGCAUUGACUGAUCUUCAUCGUCGUCCAUAUCCACAUGUUCCUAACCCUCCAUCGUGCAAGAAACGUGCUUCAGUAGCUCUGGUCCUCCGGGUGCGACCAGCAUAUGAUCACUGGCCUGAUUCGACUUCUCUGCCCGCUGAGCAAGGUCAAACCAUUUCCACUGAACAACGCUUGGAGACAUUCUUCUCUCAACCCUGGGUUCAGCAUGGAUCACCAGAGGUCCUGUUUAUCAAACGGGCAUCACGUGUGGGAGACCGCUGGACAGGACAUGUUGCGUUCCCUGGAGGGAAGCGUGAUCUAGAAGAUACGGAUGACCGAGCGGUUGCAAUUAGAGAGACCUCGGAGGAGGUAGGAUUGGAUUUGACGACGGAUGACUAUAUUUACAUUGGAAAUUUGCCAGAGCGGGUAGUAACAACCAGUUGGGGCUCAGUACCGUUGAUGGUCCUCUGUCCUUUCGUCUUUUUGUCAACUCGGAGCGAUUCGCCAAUUCUCAAAUUGCAACCAGCAGAGUAUGUCGACAUGUCUCAACGGUUCGCAAAUCGAGGCGGGCUUAUUGCUCGCCUUCUAUGUCGGUCCCUGAUGGGGUGGAUGGAGUUCGCUGCGAUUCAGUUGCAACCAAGUGAAAGUCUAAAUUGCACUACGACUCCGAACCUGGAUACCAUUACAAACCAGUCAAGCCUUUCAAUCUUCCAAAGAUGGAAAACGUGUUUCUCAACCGCCGCCUCCGUUGGCUCAACUCGACCCCUGCAUCUGUGGGGGCUGUCCUUGGGAAUUUUGGCCGACUUCCUUGAUAUGCUCCCGCCGCAUACGGCUGUGCGGUUGUGGAAGUAUCCUACUUUUACAAGCCUUGACUUGCGCUUCAUAAUUAGCCUUCUGACGUAUCGUCUCCGAAAACGCAAUAUCCUCCAUGUGAGAUCGGGGGCUCGAGGCGACAUGAGUAACACGGCCGUGGACAGCCAAACUGUGGCGUUGCCAGUACUUCAAGAAGUUAAUACACAGCACGACUAUAACGAUGUUGGAAUUGGAGGCUUGGGAGUGGGCAGAUACUAUGGAGCUUCAGAUAACGCUUCCGACAGGAGCACAUAUGCUGUCGGCAUCAUGCUCAGAGGCUAUUAUGAGAAGCUGCGUGUUGCGAUAUAUGUCUUCCUCGCAUGGAGGAUUGCCUUGGGAUCUGUGGCAGCGGUCUACGCAUGGAAAUUCCUUCGAGAUCGUCGAAUUCAGCAAGUAGACUAUCACCGCUUCCAAGCACAUCUGGAAUUGAACCAGAUGGCGUCACGACCAUGGAACGUACUGUUCUGUACCAUGUAA